AUGGGCUUUGUCCAACCCUAAACAAACAAAAAAGGUAUUAGGAAUACAUUUACCUUGUUAGAAAUACCUAAAAAUGUUAUUUCUUAAGUUAAGAAUAAUUUUAAAGGUUAAUUUUUCAAAUGGUAGUGAAUUUUUCCUUUAAAUGAAUGAAAAUUUAACAUUUUCCUUUAGAUUUUGGAAAUUUUCAAAUUCACCAAUAUCGGUGCAGUAUCACCUGGAUAAUAAAAAGCCAAAUUAGAUGGUCAUUCAUCAACUGUUUUUUCAAUUAGUUAUUCUCCUGAUGGUACUACAUUAGCAUCUGGCAGUUUUGAUACAUCUAUCCGUUUAUGGGAUGUUAAGACAGGAUAAUUAAAAGCCAAAUUAGAUGGUCAUUCUAAUACAGUUUCUUCAGUCAAUUUCUCCCCUGAUGGAAAUACAUUAGCAUCUGGUAGUGAUGAUAACUCUAUCCGACUUUGGAAUGUACAAACAUCAAAAGAAAUACUUCAAUCAGAUAGUAACUAUAAAGAUUUGCUUGCCUAGUUUAACAUACCUCUUCAAAAUAGCUUCUUAUUGCCAAAUGGUAUUUAUUAUUAAUUAUUAUUUAGUUAAUCCAGAUCUUACAAUACUUAGAAUAUGUUAGAAUCCUUUAUUUGAAGCAUCAGGAACACUUAUCCUAUAAGGACAGUUCAUUAAUCAUUAAGGGAAAGAUUUAAAACCUUUGUUUAAAUCCAAAGGAAGUUGCUUUUUAGAAGACUUAAAGCAAAAGAAGUGA